AUGGGCUUCCGGGGCUGGUCUCUCCUCGUGGGCUGGGAGGGAAUGGAGGAGGAAGCAGUGGAGGAGAAGGAGGAGGGGAAGGAGGAGGAGGGGAAAAAGGAGAAGGAGAGGGAGGCGUCACACCUCCCUCCUCUAUCCCUUCCUCUCUCUUCCUCAUCUGGAUCCCCUCCUCUCACUCCCUCAUCUCAACCCCCUCCUCUCACUCCCUCAUCCCAACCCUCUUCUCUCACUCCCUCAGACUCCUUGACCCCGUCUGCUUGCCGCUCCAGCCUGAAAUCAGCUGCUACCUCCGCUGCUUCUCCAAGAACCGGCUCCCCUCCUCUCACUCCCUCUCACCCCACCGCAUCCCCAUCCCCCGCUGCUCGCCGCUCUAGCUUGAAACUAGCUGGCUUCACAACCACGUUCGAAGCCGUUUUGCAACAGCUGAACUUCAGAGCGAGUCGAAAGUUCCACCGAGUGGUGAAGGCCAAAGAGGAGGAGGAGGGAGAAAGGCACGCCCUGCAUUUGUGGUGGUGCCUAGCCGCAGCUUGCACACGCGGAGCUUAA